AUGAUGAGCAUCCGACAAUUUUCGACCGGAUUGCGUGCAUUGCGCGGACAGAAUCUAACCGAGAAGAUCGUGCAGAAGUAUGCGGUCGGAGUGGCCCCCGGAAAGAAGGUUGUCAGCGGCGACUAUGUAACCAUCAAACCGGCCCACUGCAUGUCACAUGAUAAUUCAUGGCCGGUAGCCACCAAAUUUAUGGGACUCGGUGCUACAAAGGUUAAAGAUAACCGUCAGGUUGUAUGUACUUUGGAUCAUGAUGUUCAGAACCGGAGUGAGUCGAAUAUGAAAAAAUAUGCCAACAUUGAAAAAUUCGCAACCGAGCAGGGAAUUGAUUUUUAUCCGGCCGGUCGUGGAAUCGGGCAUCAAAUUAUGAUCGAAGAAGGUUAUGCAUUCCCGCAUAAUUUGACGGUGGCAUCCGACCUGCAUUCCAAUACGUAUGGAGGAGUCGGAAGUCUUGGAACCCCGAUUGUGCGGACCGAUGCGGCUGCAAUUUGGGCCACCGGUCAAACUUGGUGGCAGAUUCCUCCGGUUGCUAAAGUGGAAUUUACCGGGGAAUUAUCCGAGGGUGUUACCGGUAAAGAUGUUAUUGUUGCUCUUUGUGGAGUUUUCAAUCAAGAUGAGGUAUUGAACCAUGCCAUUGAGUUUGUGGGUGAUGGGGUCAAGUCGCUUCCGAUCGAUUACCGGCUCACAAUUGCCAAUAUGACCACUGAAUGGGGGGCAUUAUCCGGGUUAUUUCCGGUGGAUCAGACGGUGAUUGAUUUUUACGAGGGACGUAUGCAAAGGUUGCAGCAGCCGCAUGAACGGAUAAAUUCUGACACAGUUGGUAAAUUGGCUGCAAAUGCCAAGGAAAUGGCAGCGGAUUCCGAUGCCAAAUACGCCAAACAUUUGAUAGUGGAUCUCAGCACUAUUUCACCAUGCGUAUCUGGACCCAAUUCUGUCAAAGUUGCAUCUUCUUUGCAUGAUUUGGCGCAACAAGACAUCAAGAUCAACAAGGCAUAUUUGGUUUCAUGCACCAAUUCUCGCUUAAGUGACAUCCAAGCGGCUGCAGACAUUGUUCGUGGCCAUACGAUUGCCGACGGAGUCGAAUUUUAUGUUGCUGCAGCUUCGUCGCAAGUGCAGCAAGACGCAGAAGCUGCAGGGGCUUGGCAGACAAUCAUUGACGCCGGUGCCAAACCUUUGCCUGCUGGAUGUGGACCAUGCAUUGGGCUUGGAACAGGAUUAUUAGAGCCUGGCGAGGUGGGAAUUUCAGCCACCAACCGGAAUUUUAAAGGAAGAAUGGGUUCAAAAGAUGCAUUGGCAUACCUUGCAUCUCCGGAAGUGGUUGCAGCAUCGGCUAUUCUUGGUCGGAUUGGAGGUCCAGAGGAGAUUUCCGGAUCCAAAAUUGCUGCUCCUGCAACAUUGAAGCGGUCCACAUCGGUUUCGACCUCGGAUUCUGAAGAUUCGGCCACUGGUGCUGGCGUGGAUAUCAUUCCUGGUUUUCCUCAGGAACUUACUGGAGAGCUUAUUCUUUGUAAUGCCGACAACAUUAACACCGACGGUAUCUAUCCUGGUAAAUAUACCUACCAGGAUGACGUUCCAAAAGAAAAAAUGGCCCAAGUUUGCAUGGAAAAUUAUGACGGAGAAUUUUACUCGAAAACUAAACCGGGAGAUAUCAUCAUUUCCGGUUACAAUUUUGGUACUGGAUCAUCCAGAGAACAAGCAGCAACCGCAAUUCUUGCUCGGGGAAUGCAAUUGGUGGUUGCCGGUUCGUUUGGUAACAUUUUUUCCAGAAACUCAAUUAACAAUGCUCUUUUAACUUUGGAAAUUCCAGCUUUAAUUGACAAAUUGAGACAAAAGUACGCUGGAGAUAAGGAAUUGACUAUUAGAACAGGCUGGUUUUUGAAAUGGGAUGUUCCUAAAGCUCAAGUCACAGUGACAGAUGCUGAUAACAAAGUCAUCAUGCAACAAAAAGUUGGUGAACUCGGCACCAAUCUCCAAGAUAUUAUAGUCAAGGGAGGUUUAGAAGGCUGGGUUAAGGCACAAAUACAAUAG